AAGUUUUAAGUGCUCUCCGCGCAAUGAUUUAAAAUGGCGCAAGCCACACAGAAAUGCUUAAAUGUUCGUCGAGAUGAGUAUGUGCGACAGUCCCAAUAAAAAUUCCAAACGGGACAAAAAGUCCCUGACGCCUUUCAAAAAAGUGCGUCGCCAGAAUUGGAAACAGGAAGCGGCCUACAAGGGUGAUAAAAGCAAGAGCCAGACGGUGUCCAAUGGCGGUGAAAGGUUCAUACCAAAGCGCUUUGCGCGGGAGGACAUUGAGCUCAACCUGAAAUACAUCGGCAAAGGGGAGGAGUGGGAUAUUCUGGAAGCGGGCGAGACAUUAACGGCCAGCUACUGGCUGCAGAGCGGAUUUAUAGCCAACAUCAAUAGCACAUUUGGGAUCCAGGAGCGCCGCCUGCUCCAGUUCAGCACUGCCCAAGGAACCCCAUCCAUGGUGGUGGACAGCGACUCAGCAGACUCCGACUGGCCAUGUAAUCCGCGGGCGCGACCACAUGCCGUUCAAAAAGCCACUCAUGAGAUGCCCGGGAUUUGCAGUCCCGUUGACUACAACUUGAUGGACUGGUCGUCCAGCGGCAUUGUGGCCAUGUCCUCCGGCCAGGACAUCAUGUUGUGGCGCAAUCUGGACGAGAGCACCAUGGUCUUUAGCGUCGACUCUCCCAGUUCCCUCAAGUUCUCGCCGGACGGCAAAUAUCUGGCAAUCGGAUGCAUGGAUGCAAACUAUCCCGUCCUGGACCUCUGGGAGGUGCGGUCGCCGAUGGUGUUCUUGGUCUCCUUUCGCAAGUUGUUAUUCAAAUCCAUGGGCUACAUAAGCUGCAUCGAAUGGUCCCACGACGGCAAGGAGCUCUUAUGCGGCACCUACUGCGGAGUGAUCCUCGUACUGGCCAUGCCCAAGCUAAGGACUCUGAAGCAGUUCCGCGAUCACCGCCACAAGGUUAACCAAAUCAAGUUCGAUCCCACCCGAAAGUAUUUUGCAUCCAGCGAUACGGGUGGCCAAAUUUUAAUCUUCGACGCCGUGCUGAAAAUUCGCCUGCUGAAAGUUUGCGGCAAAAAGAUAAUCUUCGACUGGCACCCAUGGACGGGUGAGGACCUGGCUGUGGCGGAGCAGAGUCCAGCAUCCAUUUUCAUCUUCAACAUCCCACGCCGACAGUUUGUGGCUUUGUACAGGCGCAGGGAUGACAAGAUAGUUAUAAAGACAGUCACAUUCAGCAAGAUCACGGGCGAGUUGCUGGUCAACGUUAUUCGGCGCGGUGAUGGUGACAUUGCGAUGUGCGAAAUUCUGGUGCUGGCCUCCUUAAACCGUGUCGUUGACUUGUUGUCUCACCAGGAUCGCGGCACCCUGUUCCUGAUGUGGAGUCCGGAUGGAACCAACAUUGCCACAGCCGGCCUAGAUGAAACCUUUUCGCUGUGGAACUUCUUUCCCACCCACAUGCAAGAGGCCAUACUCCGAAAACAGGCGCAACAGGCCAAGAACAAUCAAAGCUCCUUGUGUCUGUAUAAGGGAAUUCGGUGACCUGUUCACAGGUUUUAUUCGUGUACUACAUGUGUCUAGUCUUUUGUUCAAACUGUGCUUUUCAUUAUUUAUUCAAUUCAAAUUGCUUCCAUAAAAAUUCCAUUGGAUUUAA